AUGAGCCGCCAUGACGGUUGGACGGGCGUCGCGACUUGGCGAUGGGUGGCAAACGACGACAACUGUGGUAUUUGUCGGAUGCCGUUUGACGGAUGUUGUCCCGACUGUAAGAUGCCCGGAGACGAUUGCCCCUUAGUUUGGGGACAGUGUUCUCAUUGCUUUCACAUACAUUGCAUUAUGAAAUGGUUGAAUUCUCAGCAGGUUCAUCAGCUGUGUCCCAUGUGUCGACAGGAAUGGAAAUUCAAAGAAUAACAAUUUCUAUAAAUCUUUUAUUAUAUUCUUACCAUUUUUGUGUAUAUAUUGUAUCUAAAAUAAAAAGUGUUUCUUAUUUAUCAUUUUAUUUCUAUUAUGUCUUGAUGAUAGAAUAUAGUU